GUGAUGCAGACGGCGAAUCACAUGAGCAGAGAUCUGUUUACAAACUGAGCAGGCAAGAAGUGCUCGGCACCAUUAUGAGCAUGCAGAGCUGGAGGAGAAGAUCAGGAAAACAUUGGACGUGAACAAAUACAGGCACACUUGCGUACAGGGUGGACACCUUUUCCCAAAACUGUCAUCUUUGUUGUUCCUCUUCUCGUGCAUGCUUAUGGAGGGGUGAGAGCAAGACAGAUGGUGAAGAGGGGAGUGAGCCAUCACCAGCAUAAAGUCACUCUGAGCUUUCGAAGCAGGUAUAUUCACCCAGGAAAACAGUCUGACCACGUCUUCAUCUUUGGGAUCGGACAGGAAGACUGUCCUUGGGAAAAAGGACAAGAAAAGCAGGUGGAGCGUGAGAAAGGUGGGAGAAGGCAACACACGGAUGUGUGACUCUUUUGACAGUGUUUUGAAGCUAGACAAAGCAAAGUAGUGCCAUAAGUUUAUGCCUUGUAUAUGUGCUCACCCAGAAGAACACAGAGCACUUGGUGUUAUCGUACAUUUAUUGCACUGAUAAGAACUAUAAAAAGCCAACUGUAAAUGCCUUACCUCACACUACAGUCUAACCUGCCUUAAAAAUCAUCUGCAGAAAAGGACUGCGUGAGAUACCAAAACCUGAAGUUUGGUUUUAGAACAUGACACUGGAGAAAACCGAAAGUCAGAGCCAUACUAUGUUUUAAGUUCCACGUUGUGUGUUUUUUCCUGGAAAAGAAGAAGUGAGAGUUGUUAAUCUCAGUGCCAAUUUCGAACUGGAAAAGUAUGUGACUUAGCUUGAACCGAGAAAACAUGCUCAUCCUGCCUCCAUGCAAAUGGGCAAGGGAAUGUGGUGGGUGCUCAUAAUGUGUUAAACAGAGACAGUGAGGAUUUCAUGAGCUGUAGCUUUACUGUGGGAGUUUUGGCAAGCCAGAGUCCAGAUUAUUUAUCCGAUUUUAUAAACAGAUAAAUCUAACUCCCUGGCUCAUUUCAACACUGUCUUUCUGGAUCCCAUUAUUGAUUGGCUGGAUUGACUGAAACAACCUGGCCUCUUGUUUAUGAACCUACUCCAGUGGUAUAACACCUUUGACCUCCGAUGUCAGCCACAAUUGUUUCCCAAAUGGAUGUUCGUGUGACCAAGGCCUUCACAUCUGAGACUGCAAAAUGACCACAGACGUCACAUACCCCCUCCCCCUGAAUGUCUAUAUCAUCAUUCUUGGCAUUGGCCUCUUCAUCUUUAUGCUGAGCCUCAUCUUCUGUUGCUAUCUGUUCAGCCUGAGACGACAGGUCACGCGGGAGCAGUUUGGAUACAAUGAGGUUGUUCUAAAGGGAUCAGAGAAGAAACUAAGCCUCCUUGGUCAGACCUGUGCUGUUUGUCUGGAGGAGUUUAGGAGCAGGGAGGAGCUGGGUGUUUGUCCCUGCUCACAUGCUUUUCACAAGAAGUGUUUGGUAAAGUGGCUGGAAAUCCGAAGUGUCUGUCCCAUGUGUAAUAAACCCAUCUGCAGGCUCCAUCCUGACCCUCCGCAGGGGGCCGAGGGCCUACAGAACCCCCUGCAGGUGUGACAGAAGAGGCAUGGAGUCGGGAAGAUAAAGACAGAAGAGCCUCUCGGUCAUGUGGAACUUGUUCAGUUACAGUCGAGAAUGACGUUUUUAAAAAAAACACACGAUAUCAUGUAGCCCACUCCGAUACCAACUGACUUCUUUUCUAAAACUACUUUGCUGUCCAACGAGGACUUUUCACACAAAGAUGUCUUGAAAGUCUGAAAACAUUUAGCCAUGCAGUUAGCCAGAAAAAAAUGGAGGUCAUUUGGAUGGGUGAAGAGAGAGAGAAAGAGGGGGAUUUAAAAUUAAAGUUGAUCAGUGGCAUAGUACAUGGAUGCAUUGAGAAGACAUGGCACAAUAUACUGUAUAUAUACUCAUAACUCUGCCAGUAGCAGAGGACACUAUAUUACUGUAGACAAAUAAGCAAUCAUUAUAUGAACAAAUUUGUCAAAAAAAAAAAGUAUUUGAUUGUCCCAAGCCUGGUCUCGAGGGCGAUGAUCUUGUAAUAUAUUCAUUCAUUCAUUCAUUCAUUCAUUCAUUCAUUCAUUCAUUCAUUCAUUCAUUCAUUCAUUCACUCAUUCAUUAUCUUCAGUAACUUCAUUGUAGUCAUGAUGGAUCCAGAAUCUAUCCUGGGAACACUAGUUAUAAGGCGUGAACACACUCUGGAUGGGUUGCCAGUCCCACUGUAGUCAAUGACAGGGUGCCAUGCAUACACACUCCUUAAUACCUACUGAAUAUGAAUAACCUAAUUAUUAUUAUUAUUAUUAUUAUUAUUAUUAUUAUUAUUAUUAUUAUUAUUAUUAUUAUUAUUAAAUGCCUGUGAUCAGGGUAGAUUCAGCACUCCAGAUUCAGAACCGAGUUUGGGUGAACAGGAGUUUUUGGGAAGUCUUUAAGUUAUUUUGAAGUAGUUCUUUUAUAUUGUAUACACUCCUCAAUAAAGUGUAAAAUUUCAGUGAUGGAUCAGA